AUGUUUGGAUAGUUAAGAUUAAAUCAAUAUCGUUGAAUUCAGCCAAAGGCUAUGUCUCCUCACAUAUUCUGGAGGAGUUGGGCAAUGGUGCCAAAGAAUGGUCAACUGUUCACAUCAUUUGAUCUUGAAGGCAAGACAGAUCUUAAAAUACGAGCUCUAGAAGAAGUAGAAGAGCUUAGAACUAAAAGAGCGGAUAAACAGUCAACACUGCUUUUGGAUGCAUUCAAUAAAGAUCGGGCAUCUUUGCUCCAACCAUUGCUCAACCCUCCAUCUUUGGCACCACUGCCUGUGCCUGCACCUGAUCCUCGGACCCAGGAAAUGAUAAAUGAGAAGCUGAAGAAAGCUGAGGAUCUUGGUGAGAAGGGGAUGGUAGAUGAGGCACAAAAAGCAUUAGAAGAGGCUGAAGCACUCAAGAAGCUCUCUGCCAGACAGGAGCCUGUUCUGGAUUCCUCAAAGUAUACUGCUGCUGAUGUUCGCAUUACUGAUCAAAAGCUACGUGUUUGUGAUAUUUGUGGAGCAUUUUUGAGUGUUUAUGACAGGUACAUUUUUUCAGGCUUUUGGGCCCAGUUUUACGAGGAUAACUUUUGCAGCUACAUAAUUGACCGACGUUUAGCAGAUCAUUUUGGAGGCAAACUUCAUUUAGGCUAUAUGCAGAUCCGUGAUAAAUUAGCAGAACUUCAGGAAGAGAGAAACAAGAGCCGCAAACUUGACCGGUAUGAUGACAGGAGAUCAAAAGAAAGAAGCAGAGAUCAUGAGAGAGAAUCAAGUCGGGAUCAAGACCGAGGGAAUAGCCAUGACCGAGGGAGGGAUUAUGAUCGUAGGAGCAGAGACCGUGACAGGCAUAGUGAUCGAGAUCGUGAUAGGGAUUAUGAGCGCUCUCGGACUUAUGAUUCUAGAAGCCGCCACAGGUCACGCUCAAGGUCUAGGGAACGCUCCAGGGAUCAUGAUCACCACAGGCGUGACCGGUACUAGAUGCAUGAAUGCUGCCAAGAAGAAAAUGAAUACGAAACUGUUCUUGCUUAGGUAAGCCGACUUAUAUAGGGGAGUAGCAUUCCUCAGUUAAGUUAUUUGAUAGUUUGUCAUGUGGUUGUAUCAACAUGUUUAAGAGGGUAUUUGUUGUUUUUGGGUACCUAGAGAUCAGGAAUUGAAUCUCAAACUUGUGGUUAAGAGUACAAGUAAUUCUAUCAUCAGAUUAUAUGGCUGACAAGAGGGUAUUUGUUACUUGGUGAUUUGUGUUUGGUAUUUGGUAUAAUUGUGGAUGUAAGUUUGGUUGAUUUUACUAUUUCAAUUUGUAUGUCGGGCAAUUUUUCAGUCUAGUAUCUAAAAGGAAAAUUAAUAUAAUGAGGUUGAAGUU